AUGGUCAGGCCAUGCUGUCCAGUGAUUCUGCUCCAUCUCUUCAGCAUCUUUGCACAGACAGGAGGAAGCACUCACGAUAUCCUGUAUCCAUAUGGACCUGCUCAUAGCGAUCUAGAGACACCCAAGAUGGAUGAUGGAAGUUCUGCUGAAAUUAUUUUGCUUAUCCCCUUCAUUUUCUUCAAUAUACCCUACCGCUCCAUCUAUGUUAACAAUAAUGGUGUGAUCUCCUUCAAUGUGCAAGUUAGUCAGUUCACGCCUGAAGCUUUUCCUCUGAGUGACAGCAGAUCCUUCAUUGCUCCACUUUGGGCAGAUGUGCACAAUGGCAUCCGCGGAGAUGUGUACUACAGAGAGAGUACUGAACCAGAAAUCCUGGAAAGGGCCACACAAGAUGUCCGGAAGCAUUUCAAAAACAUGCCCACCUUCACAGCCUCAUGGGUCUUUGUUGCAACAUGGAACCAAGUCACCUUCUAUGGAGGAAGCCAGACAACCCCAGUAAACACAUUCCAAACUGUACUCAUCUCAGAUGGUGUGGCAUACUUCUGCAUGUUCAACUAUGGUGAAAUCACAUGGAGUACAGGAACAGCCAGUGGUGGAGAUCCUUUAACAGGACUGGGUGGGACAACAGCACAGUCAGGUUUUAAUGGUGGAGAUAUUGGUCACUUCUUCAACCUGCCUGGAUCGAGGUCAAAUGACGUGGUAAACAUCGAACAGACAACCAAUGUCAACAUUCCUGGACGGUGGUUUUUCCGCGUAGACACUGAACUGAUAGAUCCUGCCAAUGGUUGCAGCUACAAUGGGCGUUACUACAGACGAGGGGAGAUCUUCUGGAUGUCUGACCAGUGCUCACAGCGAUGUCGCUGCCUUGACAUCAAUAAUGAAGUGAAGUGCCUUGAGGCUCCCUGUGGGCAGCUUGAGACCUGUGAACAACAGGAAGGGGCCUUUUACUGCCAGCCCUCCCGCACUAGCACAUGUGUGGUCUUUGGGGACCCACAUUAUCAUACCUUCGAUGGCUUCCUCUAUCACUUUCAAGGCACCUGCUCUUACCUGCUGGCUCGGCCCUGCUGGGAGAUGGCGGGACAGCCAUUCUUCAGUGUGGAGGCCAAAAACGAGAACCGAGGGGUUGCCUCUGUUUCUUGGCUCAGAGAUGUCACAGUGGAGGUGUAUGGUCACAGAGUCAUGAUACCCAAAGGCAGUUUGGGAUCAGUUCAGGUGGAUGGCUUGAUGAAGACUUUGCCUGUUCAGCUUGAGCUUGGUGCCGUCCGGGUGUACCAGUCUGGGGUUGCAAUUGCUUUAGAAACAGACUUUGGACUCCUGGUGACCUAUGAUGGCCAGCAUUAUGCAUCCAUCUCCCUACCAAGCUCCUACUUUAAUAAUACCUGUGGGCUUUGUGGAAACUAUAAUGAUGACCCAGCUGAUGAUCCCACGCUGCCUGACGGCUCUCUGGCAGAAAGCGUGGUGGAGCUGGGGGGCAGCUGGCGAGCAGAGGAUACAGACUGGAGGUGUACAGACGGCUGCGCUCAGAACUGCAGUGUCUGCGACCCAGUUACAGAAGCCUUCUACUUUCGCUCAGACUACUGUGGGCUGAUCAACAAAACCGAUGGACCUUUUCGGGACUGCAGACCUGUUGUGGACCCUACAGCCUUUGUGUACAGCUGCGUUUAUGACAUGUGCAGCAAUAAGGAUAACAUCACAACACUAUGUCAAGCCAUCCAGGCCUAUGCUCUGGCCUGUCAGGCUCUUGGUGUCACAAUACGAUCCUGGAGAACCCGCACCUUCUGUGCUUUGACAUGUCCAGAGUUCAGCCAUUAUGAAGUAUGCACUACUGCCUGUCCAGCUUCCUGUUCGGACCUCACUGCUCCCCUGUACUGUGCUCACCCAUGCACCGAAGGCUGCCAGUGUGACCCCGGCUAUGUGCUGAGCGGUAGUCGCUGUGUACGACGUGACAAAUGUGGCUGUGAGCAUAACGGCCUCUAUUACCCUCUUAAUGACACUUUCUGGGCAGGCCCCAGCGGGGAGGAAGGUGACUGUACCCUUCGCUGCACUUGUGGGCUUGCUGGGCAAGUCUCCUGUUUCAAUGAGUCCUGUAAGGAGGGCGAAGUGUGUGUGGCCGAAGUGGGCUUGUUGGGUUGUUACCCUCGGAGGGAGGGAGUGUGUUCAGUCACCCAGAAUUCGGUGACAUCCUCCUUUGAUGGCACCUUCCUGUUAUUCCCAGAUGACAGCUCAUACUACCUGCUGAAGCUGUGUGCUCCAGCACCAGCUAAUGCCUCGAUGGUAGAGGUGAAGAUUGGCAGGCAGCUGGUGAACAAAGGCCCUACUUGGAAAAGACCAGUGGUAGUUACUGUAGCUAAUCUUGAGGCACACAUGGGAGGCUCAGAUUUUGACAUUGUGAAGGUGAACGGAGAACAAGUGACGCUCCCAUAUGUGCAUCCAAUGGAGACAAUGAUGAUCUACAAAGCGCCAGGAAAUGCUACUGUGGUGGAGUCCCGCGGUCUGCUUCGUGUUCACUACACUCGCCAGGGAUACCUCAACAUCUCCCUUUCAACCGUCUUCUACAACGUUACGUGUGGUUUAUGCGGCGUCUUCAACAGCAACACCACCGAUGACCUACGCCUUCCCAAUGGACGCCUGGCAGAGUCCACUGAACAGUUCACUGAGGGCUGGAAGUCAAUUGCUGAUGACCUCACUUGCAAUGGGGACUGUGAUGAUCUGUAUCGAAUGUGCACAGACUUACGUCUUUACCAGAGUCCUUGGAUGUGUGGCAACAUCAACGACCCAGGGAAUAGCUCAUUCCUGGCAUGCCAUAUGGUGGUCAAUCCUUCGCCGUUCUUCAGGAACUGCUUGUAUAACAUGUGCGUAAGGGAAGGGAACCGUUCCGCCCUUUGCUCAUCACUGCAGGCAUAUGCCACCGCCUGUCAGGAUGCUCAAGAAGGAUGUCAGUGUGAAGAUGGCUUUGCUGCUCGGGAUGGCCUGUGCGUGGCACGCAGCGAUUGUGGCUGCAUGAGUCACGGGCGCCAGCUGGCUACUAAUCAGACUUUCUGGACAGACUGGGAGUGCCAAGAGCGCUGCUACUGCAACGGCUCUGACAACAGCGUGUACUGUCAGCUCGCGCCCUGUCACCCUGAGGAGUACUGCCAGGAGAGUGACGGCCUGUAUUUCUGCCAGCCUCGCACUGAGGCCUUGUGUGUGGUUGCUGGAUAUGGGCAUUUCCUGCCGUUUGGCGGCGUACCAUUUGAGCUGCAGAGCUCUUGUACUCUCAGGAUGGCAACCACCAACUGCAGGAAUGACAACAGAGAGCAUCCAAUGAUGAAUGGAGCUUUCCCUCAAUUUAAACUGGCAGCUCGUAAUGAGGAAAGAGACACAGGACAAGCCAUCUGGGUGAGGGGCUUUUUGCUGGAGGUCUACGAGUAUGAAAUUGAAGUAUCUCGAAGCUACAAAAACACAGUCACUGUUAAUAAGGAGCGUUUGUACCUUCCUGUGAAACUGGGCCUAGGAAAGGUCAGCAUGUCCACUUUGGGCAUGAUGCUCAUUCUGGAGACCGACUUUGGUUUGAAGGUGGCUUUUGACUGGAACACCUUCCUCUUACUGACUUUACCCCGAGACCUUUACAACACUUCCUGUGGGCUCUGCCAGGGCAUGCCCUUAUCUCCACCCACCCUGACCACCACUGACUGGGGCAUGACCUGGGCAGAGAGGGACACCUUCUGUCAGGUGGGCUGUGGAGACUCCUGCCCACGCUGUGGCCUCGGAGAGAAGAGCUUGCAAAACGACAGCCCUCUCAUGGUGGCCGACAGUAACAUGAAUGCAGAUGACGAGGCAAAUGAAGUCGCCACAGGAAUACGAUUCCACAUUGGAGAUGGACUGUAUGUGUUUGUGGAGCCUGAGGCGGUGAGGUUGUGUGGGCUGAUUGUGGAUCGAGGAGGUGUCUUUGCACGCUGUCACAGCAAGGUGGCGCCAGCAUUCUUCUAUCAAAGCUGCCUACAGGAUACCUGUUUGGAUCAGGGAGCUCAGGAUACGAUCUGCAACUGGCUGCAAAACUAUGCCAACACCUGUCAGGCCCUAGGAGUGCCUGUUACUGGCUGGAGGAGUGACACACCAUGUGUCCAGAGCUGUCCACCUAACAGCCAUUACUCCAGCUGCAUGGCAGCUUGUCCGCCUCAGUGUGCUCCAGCCCGUGGCCAAAGAGACUGCAGCCAGGACUGCGUGGAGGGAUGCCAGUGUGACCAGGGCUAUGUGCUCAAUGGCAAGAGCUGCAUCCUGCCUCAAAACUGUGGCUGCUACACUGAUGGCAAGUACUACGAGCCCAAACAGCUGUUUUGGAACAGUGAUUGUACCAAACGCUGCCAGUGCAUUGGAAGAAACCUGAUCCAGUGCGACCCGAGGCGGUGUAAGGCAGAGGAAGAGUGCGCUCUACGGCAUGGAGUUCGAGGCUGCUUCGCAAGGCGCUCUCAGCACUGUGUGGCAUCAGGAGGUGGAGUCUUCAGGACAUUUGAUGGGGCAUCACUGCGUCUUCCAGCCUCCUGCUCUUUUGUACUGUCCACUAACUGUCACAAGCUGCCCGACCUCUCCUUCCAGCUCAUUGCUAACUUUGACAAAUGGAGCACACCCAACCUCACCACCAUCUCACACGUUUACCUUUACAUAAAUGAGGAAAAUAUACUCAUUUCUGGCAGCACUAUCAAGGUCAAUGGUACACCAGUGUCAGUGCCAUUUCUCACAGGGCUGAUGACGCGCCUGUCCACAUCUGAAGGCUUUAUUGUCAUUGACACACCACUAGACAUUCAGGUUCGAUACAACCGCUUCAACACCCUCAGCAUCACAAUGGGCCAGCGACUGCAGAACAAAGUGUGUGGCCUUUGUGGGAAUUUCAACGGGGACCCCAGUGAUGACUACAUGACCUCCAGGGGCAAGCCAGCUGUCAGUGCUCUGGAGCUGGCCCAGAGCUGGAAGACCAACGGUAUGCAGAACAGUUGUGAUGAGACCCAGUAUGUGGCUUUGGCCCAGUCCUGCGACAACACAGCUGUGCUGGCUCUGCAGGGUGAGGACUCCUGUCAGAAGCUGACGCAGCUGAAGAGCUUCUUCCAGCCAUGCCACGGCCUGCUGGAUCCCCGACCCUUCUACCAGUCCUGUUACCUGGAUGGCUGCUACAAUCAUCGCAAGGCUCAGGUCUGUGGUUCCCUGGCAGCCUAUGCUGAGGCCUGCCGCUCUUUGGGCACCCUCACCACCAAGUGGAUCACCCAGGAGAACUGCUCAGAAUGGAUCUAUGACCCCUGUGCAGGAGAGAUCUGCACUAACUUCACCUGCGAGCUGGAAAACGGAGGUGAUCUGUGUGGUUGUCCAGAGUUACCCACCAACCCAGCAAGUGAAGACGACAUCAUUCAAGCUGAGGUGAACUGUAAGCAUGCUCUGAUGGAGGUUUCCAUCUCCAAGUGUAAGCUCUUCCAGCUGGGCUUUGAACGGGAAGACGUGAGGAUCAACGAUGAACACUGUGCCGGCAUCGAGGGAGAGGACUUCAUCUCCUUCCAGAUCAACAACACUAAGGGACACUGUGGUUCCAUUGUACAGUCAAAUGGCACACACAUCAUGUAUAAGAAUACUGUUUGGAUCGAGAGUGUGAACAACACUGGUAACCUCAUUACCAGAGAUAGGACCAUCAACGUGGAGUUUUCCUGUGCCUAUGAACUGGACCUGAAAAUCUCACUGGAGACCGUCCUUAAACCAAUGCUCAGUGUGAUUAACCUCACCUUACCGACCCAAGAGGGAAACUUCAUCACCAAGAUGGCUCUGUAUAAGAACUCCUCCUACCGCAACCCAUACAGAGAGGGGGAGGUGGUGCUUAGCACUCGGGACAUUCUCUAUGUGGGUGUAUUUGUGGAGGGGGCGGAUGAAAACCAGCUCAUCCUCAUAGUGAAUAUGUGCUGGGCCACACCGUCCCGCUACAGCAGUGACCGACUCCGCUAUAUCAUCAUAGAGAGGGGGUGUCCAAACAUUAAGGACAACACCAUUGGCAUGGCGGAAAACGGCAUAUCACUCACCUGCCGCUUCCACGUCACUGUAUUCAAGUUCAUCGGGGAUUAUGAUGAGGUCCACCUGCACUGCGACGUUUCACUCUGUGACUCGGACACAAACGCCUGCAAAGUGAACUGUCCACACAAGAGGAGGAUGUACUCAGAGGAUGGUGACCAUAAGGAGCACAUUCUGAGUGUGGGGCCCAUAAGAAGGAGAGAGUCUGACUGGUGUGAGGAGGACAACGGAGGCUGUGAGCAGAUCUGCACCAGUAAGGGGACUGGUCCCAUCUGCAGCUGUGUGACUGGGAUGCUGCAACGCGACAGGAAAAGCUGCCGAACUUCAAGCUCCAGCUGCAUCGUUCACCCUGUGGUUCCUCUGCUGAGCGUCAGCGCCGUGAUCUCCGUUCUCCUGGCUUGUUUUCACACAUGUCUCCUCUCCUAACGCCCACAACAAAGAAAAAACACACACAGACUUGAAGAUACACAGGAGUGGGCCUUGAUUAGCGAGUAGAACAACUGACACAGGAAACAUCCAGACCCUCUCAGAUGUUUGAACUGCAUUGAUUGAGAGAAAAGUCAGUUUAUAGAUGCUUUCACACUUGGACACGUUUUAAGUCUUUGUAGCCAAACUGUGGUGCUUCACCUCCACCUCCUCCUAUUUUCAUUUAUCAGAAAACCUCACUGUAUUAUUACAUCCACAAUGUUUAGACUGUUUUUCUUCCCCAAAGGAAUUUGUUUUCUUUUUAUAGAAAAUGGGUGUGUUGCUGAUUUAACCACUAGGUGGCACCAAAGAAAGAGAAUUUCUAAUCCCACAAGUAAAGUUUUACUGUAGGUGAUCCGAAUGUGAGAAGUCAGAGAAAGAGGAUGUUUUGAUUUAUUGAAGGUGAAUCCCAGAUAUUUAAUGACUAGAUUAAGUCAACAUGAUAAUUACAUGUUUUAUGUGGAUUCUGACAUGAUCACAGGUCUCUGACACAUUUUUUUUUUUAGCAACCAGAACUGAAACAUGUUAGAUUUCCCUUAUUAAUCGUGUAAAAACGUAGAAUUAUUGUGAGAAAUCCUGCUUUAAUUUUAUAUUUGUUUCAAAAUUUUAUGCAAAUAUUUAAACAGAUCCCACUGAGAUUAAGAAAAGAACAGUAUAAGAGGUAUUUGCCAUUUUUUAAAUGAAUUAUUAAACAUAAAUAAACAGAAUGAUUACAUCCAGCACUAAGAGCAGCCGGCCUUAGCAUAUCAUGCAAAAAUCACCACAAUAAAUACUAAUUCUGGUUUGGGGACCUUGCACCUUUAAUGCAGAGGUUUCUGCAGAUCACAAGCAUUCAUCAUUUUAUCAGAGUCAAUGUUCUUCAACCAUUUCUCAUGACUGAAUGGAAAUCAAUUAUUUUUAGGUUUGGAGGAGUGUUAAGGUCAGUGUAGCUGAUUUUAGAUGGUUUAAUGAUUGAUUAAGAGCCGGUCUGACUAAAAAACAACCCUCGCACCAUGUCCUGCGGAGCAUCACAUAAGGCAUUAAUGCUGAUUGGAGAACCCCUGCUGGUCACAUGAUGCUCGUCUUGCAUCUACUCACCCCCUUUGAGAGUCUCUGACGCUGAUGCUGCUGCUUUAUGAAAUUAUUUUCCUUUUGCUGGAAGACCACGUGUGAGUAUGGACAUUUUGAAAAAGCAAAAUUACCUUGGAGAAUCACGUUUUGUGGACAUAUUGUCUUUCUUAUCAAUGGCUCUGCUAGUAGCACAAAUCUUCUGGCUGACUUAAACCCGAACAAAGCUUCAUAUUUCACUUCCAAACC